GGAGAGAAUUAGAACCAACUGAUGCAACUAGACCAGUUAUGAUGAGAGGCGCUGGUGGAAUGAUAUCAAUUGAACAUGAUGGAGUACACCAUUUACUAAUGAUAGGAGGAAGGGGAUCUAAACCAGCUGUACAACUACCUCAUUAUAAAUAUAUUGAGUUUCCUCAUGGAGACUGGCGUACUAAUGAGCACUCAAUUUAUAAUAUAUUAUCAAGAAAAUGGAGUGAUCCUUCAAUCAUUGGUCAGUGUAUACCACCUGCUAGUGACUUUAUCAUUGAAAAGGUCAACAACACUAGAGCUGUUCUGUUUGGUGGAAUAGAAACUGAUGAUGAUGCUAUGACUACUGACACUAACAAUAUUUAUAUAUUAGAGAUAUCAAUCAGCACUGUGUUCUGGCAGUAUAUAAAGAAACCUGAAGCAAUAAACCAAUGGCCUGUGGGUAGAUUUGCUCAUGCAGGUGAUAUUAUUAUAACUGGAUUAAACUGUCCUAUGCUAGUGAUAAGUGGUGGCUUAAAUAAGAAUAAUGAUACAUUAGAUGAUUGUUGGAUCUUUAACAUCACUCAACAUUCCUGGGUAAAGGUAUGUACAGUGAGAUACAUGUAAAUUAUUAAUUUAUUU